AUGACCGGCAGAAACCGUGCUGAGGUGGCUGUGGCCUUCCGUGCCACUGGUGGUUUCUCGGCGCUGGGAUUUGUGAAUGGAAUCCGCUGCAGCCGUGGGACUCACGUCAAACAUGUCACAGAUCAGAUCACCAAAGGUAUCAUCAACCUGGCAGCAGGUGGACUGGUGGAUGCCACUGUGAGGCAAUACCUUCAAAUUGUCAUCAACGUCCUGGUUGACAAUCCAGACUUUGACUCCCAGACCAAGACGCGGCUCACCACCACUACGAGCAAGUUGGGUUUUGAUUUGGUGGUGUCCGAUGACUUCAUUCAUAAAGUUGGUGAGCUUGGAGUCUUGGAGGCGGCCUUGAAUGCCAAAGAGGUGUCCCGAAACAGAGUCCUCCAACGAGCACUGGCAUCUGGUGCAGCUCCAUCAAUUGCCAAGCUGGAAGAUGCGAUCUACGCAGGGCGGAAGGGAAGAACUUGCACUUUGAUCCUCACGGAGGGUGACUCUGCCAAGGCUUUGGCCGUGGCAGGUUUGGCUCGAGUCGGACGUGAGACCUAUGGAGUCUUUCCUUUGAAAGGCAAGCCUCUGAAUGUGAGAACUGCCACAGACAAGCAGAUGAUGGACAACCAGGAGCUCAAGCAUUUGAUGCAUAUCUUGGGAUUGCACUGGGGUCAGACAUUUAAGAGUGAGGAGGAGGUGAUGGCCCUGCGGUAUCAACAGCUCAUGGUUUUCUCCGAUCAAGAUUUAGAUGGGCAUCACAUUGCAGGUCUUAUCAUCAAUCUUUUUGUGGCGCUGUGGCCUUCCCUUUUUGAGGUCAAGCCAGACUUCAUCCGACGCUUUGCCACUCCGCUGGUUAAGGUCUUUGCUGCUGGAGGCGAAGAGCGCUUGGAGUUCUUUACACAGCGUGACUUUGAGCUGUGGCAAGCAAAAGAAGAGUCAUGGACAAGGAGAUAUCGUGCCAAGUACUACAAGGGCUUGGGAACAUCUACAAGGGGCGAGGCGCUGGAGUACUUUAGCAACAUGGACAAGCAUAUCAUCAAUGUUGACUUUGAAGGAGAAGAUGCUGUGGAAGCUGUGGAGAAGGCCUUCGAGCCCACACGAGCAGAUGACCGGAAAGAGUGGAUCACCGGCUACGACCCGACAGAGGAGGUGGACUACUCACAAAGUGCCAUCUCCUUCAAGGACUUCUUUCAAAAGUCCUUUGUGCAUUUCAGUGCCCACGACUGUGUUCGCUCCAUCCCUUUGUUGACUGAUGGCUUGAAGCCAUCCCAGAGAAAAGUGCUGUGGUGGGCAAUGCGAAACCUCAAGAGCGAGCAGAAGGUUUCGCAAAUGGUGGGUUUGGUUUCUUCAGCAACCAGCUAUCACCAUGGGGAGCAAUCCUUGGUCCAGGUGAUCGUGUCGCUUGCACAAGACUUUGUCGGAACCAACAACCUGAACCUGCUUGAACCGUUGGGGAUGUUUGGCACUCGCCUGAACGGUCCGUCGGUCCAUGCCAGCGAGCGCUACAUUCACACGAAGCUCUCCCCGCUGGUUCCCUACAUUUUUCGAAAAGAAGACCUCGGUCUGUUGGAGCCUCAAUUGGAGGAGGGCCACGAAAUCGAGCCAUUAAUGCUUUUGCCUAUAUUUCCAUUGGUCCUGGUAAAUGGCUUCCUGGGCAUUGGCACUGGAUGGGCGACAUCUGGUCCCAACUUCGAUGUGUUGAAGGUGGUUGACCACCUUGUGCAACUGAUCAAGGGAAACGAGCCUGCACCUUUGGCCCCCAGCUAUAGAGGCUUUAAGGGAACAAUCGAGUAUUCUGAUUUGAGAUGGUCUUCGAAGGGUGUUUGGCAGGUCCACGAGGAUGAUGACAUAGACGAGAGUUUGCUGGUAGUGGAGAUCACAGAGUUGCCAGUGAAAGUAUGGACCGACGACUAUAUUUCUUGGCUGGAAGACAAGGCAAGAAAGAAACGCAUUUCCCUCAAAGUCUUCAAGUGCAGUGACCACGAUGACCAGAAUGUCCAUCUCGUGCUUGGUCUUGAUCGAGACAAGUUCCCCGAUGAGGUGCCGGAUAAUGUCUUGGGCAGAUUCCUCGGCUUGCAAAAGCCGUUGCGAUCAGAUAUGUGGCUUUAUACCCAAGCUGAGGCAGACGUAGCGAAAAUCGACUUGCAAAAGUUUGAGGAUGCUUCAGAGAUUGUGAAGACCUUCUAUCGCUUUCGUCGACCCUUCUAUGAAAAGCGCAAGGAGCGAAUGAUGCAACAGAUCUCUCACCAGGUUCAGCUCCUGAAGAACCAAGUGCGAUGUAUCAAGAUGUUUCAAGAUGGGUCGCUGAGCCCUGAGGAUCUUUGUGAAAGUGGCUUGGAAGAACACGGCUUUGAUCGCAUGCAAAGCACGUUUUCGCCCCAGAAGUCCGAUGGAUUUCAGUACAUCCUCCGAAUGUCCUUGGGAAGUCUUGGACGUUCUGGUGAGGGGCCGAAGCUGAAGGAGAAGCUCAUCGAGGUGAAGAAGGAGCAAGAGCGGCUGAGCCACUUGGACGCGGAUGAAAUGUGGUUGGAAGAUUUGGAAAACUUCCGUGCUCAAUACGAGAAGGCUCAACCACCAUUUGCGGAAAGACAGCUAAAAAUCAGCAGGCUGAGCCGAGAAGAUCGGCGGAAGGCCUUGCGUGAAUUCAAUCAGGAAAGGCGACGGCUCAGCAGCAAUACACUAGACUUGAGCCUCAGCACCUUGGAGAGGAUGACCACUCCAGAAUUGCAUGCGAUUGGCCAAGAACUUUGCAUCAACAUGAUGAAUGCAUCCAGCAAGCAGGAUUACAUUGAUCUUUUGCUUCUUUACAGCUCCAUUGGCUUUGUCACGCAGAAUUGGGAAAAGCUGCCCAUGCAGGAUUUGCAGGCACAUUUGCGGGUCAGAAAGCUACCACAGGUCGGGGCCCGAGCGAUGCUGAUAAUGCGCCUAAAGUCAGCACAGCCUGUGACAGUCCGCUUCCGAGCUGCAAAAGAUGACAUGAAGGAAGCACUCCGGGAAAUGGGUGUGUGGGCAGUAGGGUCAGUCACAGAGCUGGAACAUCGCUUUUCAGUGGUGCGCCUUCGACACAUCGAAGAGGACCAAGCUGUUCGGAAUCGAAUUGGUGAAGUAAAGCAGCUGCAUGAUCUAGCAGGCCAUUCACGGGUGCGCAGAAGGCUUGUACACUGUUUUGCCCGGGCCCGGUGUGAUGACCUCCCUGCGGCUCGUCGUGGUGGUCUGAAGAAGUACCGGCUCAAGAAGGAAGAGCAGUGCUGGGUUGAGAGCAUCAAAGCCAAGCGGAUAGAAUAUUCAGUGGAAGGUUCAAUUGCUAAUGCUCCGCCAGAGUUCUUUGAGACUCUGGCAACGUGUUUUGAGGUGGAAUGUGGCACGAGAAGUGGCACAAGAAGAUGA